UAAACUGGUCGCCGAGAUAGAACAGCAAAGACGAUCUGCCAGUCUGCCACCAUGGGUUCAAGAAGCUGCGUCGCCGAAGCUAAUGGCUCGACGUCGACCAUCGUCGCGGCGGCGAAGCCCACCGGCCAUCACAUCCUCAAGAUCGACGGCUACUCCCGGACUAAGGCCAUGGUCGCCGCCGGCGACAGCAUCGACUCCUGCCGCUUCCACGUCGGCGACCACGCGUGGCGCAUCAGGUACUACCCCAAUGGCACCGACCGCAGCAACCAGAAUCCCGACGCCAUAUCCGUCAUGCUCGAGCUGCAGGACGCCACCGCCGCCGCCGGCCGCAACGGCGCCGCCGUCAAGGCGCAGUUCGUGUUCAGCCUGCUCGACGAGGAGGCGCACCUACCGCAGCAGCGUGCACAGCUUCCCUUCCUCCGACGGAUUCAAGAAUUGGGGAUUCCU